CGGGUUGGGUCGGGUCGGGUCGGGUCGGGUCUCCCCGCGCCCUCCGGCCUCCCGGGAAGUGAGUCUGUGAAAACAGAAACGCAGUCCGCCCCCGGAAGGCGGGGACGGGACGGGCCACCGCCAGCCUUCCCGCCCCGGGGCCUGGUGGCGGUUUGAGGUGUAGGCCCUGGGCACCAUGGAUCCCUUCUUGGCGCUGCUGAACUCCAUCUCCUCGGCCUUGUCGGGCGCUGAUCUCGCUGCCAUGAAGUUUCUCUGCCGGAACGACGUUCCGAAAAGGAAGCUGGAGUCUGUGCAGAGCGGUAGGGAUCUCUUCGUCAUCUUCCUCGAGCAGCGGCUAAUUGCAAGCGACGAUGUAGCGUUCCUUGAAGAGUUGCUUAAGAACAUUAAAAGGGAAGACUUGGUCUUACAGCUAAAGCAGUUCGAAGAGGAAGGGGAAGUCAGCGCUCCUGAUGAUCAGCCAGAUGCACAUGACAAACGUCUUCAGAAGGCAGCUAUUGAAGUCAUAUGUGAGAAUGUCGGGAGAGACUGGAAAAUGCUGAUGCGAAAACUUGAGCUUUCAGAAGUGAAACUGGACAGAAUAGUGGCAGCCAAUCCAUGCAACUUGCGUGAACAGUUGCAUCAGUCCCUCAAAGAGUGGCAGAAAUGGAAGGGAAGAAACGCGAAGGCAACUGACUUAAUAAAAGCUCUUCGGGACUGUAAGAUGAAUUUGGUGGCAGACAAUGUUGAACAGAGACUCUUGGAACUGAACACUGAAACCAGGUGAAAUCGAUACAAAAACACCUCCCUCUCCCACAGAUAUGAAUGGCAAAAUUGAAAGUGCCUUCUACUCCUCUGUGCCUCUACUCCUACCAAAAUCAAUAUAAUUGGUUCUGUUACUUAUUCGGCCAUUCAUUUCUGUGCAUUAAUAGGUUGAUUUCUGGUCAGAUUAAGAUUAACAUAAACCCGAAUUCCUUUCUGGUAAUGCUUUGUAGUUUGAUGCUUGGUUUAAGAGAUUUUAACUUAGAAGACCUAAACUCAUUUUUCUAGAAAUUCUCAAGCUUUUGUUCUGCCACCCACCUGAAAACAAGAUUUGCUUUGCUGCAAGGACUUUUCAGAUGUAUCUUCUCUGGAAAUACAUCCACGGGACAUGUCUGAGGAAACUGUAAUUUAAAAUUUCAUGGGCGGGAUUUUUUUUUUUUUUAGUGGCUUAUUAUAACUGUAGCAUGAAGCACAGAAGCAGUAGACCUGUUAGCUGUCUACUGAGGGUUUUUUUGAGUAGCAUAAGAUAAUAUAUUCUGUAAUUGGUCAAAUACACUUGCUCUCUGUAAAAGGAUACUAAGACAACUGUAACCUCAGGCCCUAAGACUGCAGUGUAAGGGAGCUAGUAACUAUGGUGGUGGCUUUUUAUUGGCAGAGAAUGGGCCUAGGUUGAAAAUUAACCAGUUGAAAUCAAAUGUCUGUUUCAAAGUGCCUUCAUCAUCCUGAAGGAAAUGUUUUCUUGAAAUUAUGUGUCUCAGAUGUUUACAGCAGCCUCUUUUUACCGCUGUGAAUGUUUUAAGGUUCUUUACUAGGAAUCCUUUCAUAGCCUUUAUCACAGAGCCUGCUCAUGUCUGCUGGAAGUUGCAGCUCACCUUGCACAUAAGCUGCAGUUAUCUGUGCUCUUGGGUAAAAAAAUCUGUACUGUAACAAAAACCCAAGAAAACAAAUUGGGUUCUUUUUAGUGGAGGGGUGUGAAAAGCUACUGAGAGCAAAAAUGUAGUACUGACUUUCUUCUAGUGAUACCCAGUGAAGAUCAGUUGUCUUUCACCACAGUUUGUUCUCUUCAAAGAUCACUC